AUAAUUCAAAAGCAAACCCAACAUCACACACAGCUUUUCAAUCUCCACUUUGUAUACCCUCUUGAAACCAAAAGAGAAAACUCAUCGUUAACCCCACCGUAGCUCAUUCAUUCUCACCCUCUUCUUUUCUUCAAUCUUUGAGUGACAAACAACAACACCAAUCACAUGCCAUCCAAUUUUCUAACCUACAAAACUCGAAAGGAAUAAUGGUGAGAGGAAGGUUUGUGAGAAAACUAAAACUCGUCCCAACCAUAACCAACUUGAAGAAACAAGACCUAGUUCUUCAGAAAAAGUUCCCAACCUCAUAUGAUGACUACAAAGGGAACAACCUACCCGAGCUAGCGGUUAAGGAUGAUAAUCAUUUUGAGGAGGAAGAAGCCACCGUUGGUUCCAAAAAGAUCACAGAACUCGCAGAAGAAAAGUUAGUGAUUACUAAAAUGCCAUCGUGCAACAAUAAUGAAUACCCAUCUCUCAGUGACUUCAAAGAGUUACGUCCACAAGGGGGGAAUAGCCACUCAAUCAUUCUCUACACAACAAGCUUGAGAGGGAUAAGGAAAACCUUUCAGGACUGUAACACGAUCCGUUUCUUGUUGAGGAGCUUCAAAAUAAUGUACCAUGAGAGGGACGUGUCUCUUCACUUGGAGUUCAGAGAGGAGUUGUGGAAAAUCUUGGGAGGGAAAGUGAUUCCCCCGAAGCUUUUCAUCAAGGGAAGGUACAUUGGAGGAGCUGAUGAAGUGGUUGGGUUGCAUGAGAUGGGGUGGCUUGGGAAGUUUCUAGAAGGAACACCAACUCACUCUAGUGAUUCUCCUUGCACUGGCUGCGCCAACAUGAGAUUCACUAUUUGUUCCAACUGUUGUGGAAGUUGCAAAGUGUUCACUGACAAUAGCGACAACAAAAACAACGAUGAAUGCUUCGUUAGAUGUUCUUUGUGCAACGAGAAUGGCCUUGUCAAAUGCCCCGUUUGCUGCUAGAAAGAUAUUUAUCUCACCUUUGGUGCGUUUUGUUUUCAUUUUUCAGUUGAUAUAUAUUUUUAAUUACAAAAGCAUCAUUUUUAUUUUUAUUCUAUAUCUUGUUUUCAAUUAAGAAUUUGUUAAAGAAAAGGUGACAACAAAAUUAAUCUAGUUUUGCUGUCACUGUUUUUUUUUAUAAAUUUGUGGAAAAAUAAGAAAUAGAAAGUAAAAAAAAAAAAGUGAUGUUUUUUUUUAUAAUUAUUGAUAUCAACUGAAAAUGAAAAGAAAACACAACGCAAAAGUGGCCAUAAGUUCUAUAUCAUUCUUCAUGUACUAUAUUGAUUUUUUCUCUUUUUAGUCUUAAUUUUUCUUGGCAUGUAACGAACCAGCCUUGCCUAUCUGGUAGAGUCCUUAGAAAUGGGCAUUGUAUGAAACUCGUACUAUUAGAUGUAAAAACUACAAGCUAA